AUGGCAUCCUCCAGCGUUACAUCCGUUGGUUCUAGCCUCUCACAGGGCAUUUCCAUGGCCAUGGAAUCGUCAUCUGCCAGUGCGGCUUCUGCCGUGACCAUGGCAAACAACGUGGUGGAAGCCCAGGGCUCCUCUUGGCUUGGUCUCUUUGGACGACUCGUUCUUUUCAUACUACAGAUCGUGUCGAGCAUCCUGUAUUUUGUGUUGAAACUGGCGACCUUCUCUCUUCCCAGCCUGCUCUAUACUUUUUUCUCCACCACCCUGACGUUCACGCUGAACGCGACAACCCUAAUGAUAAUUGCUGCUGCGAUUGUUUCUGCUAUUACCUGGUUUGUAAGGUACCGUUACCUUACCAUGUAUGCGCGGCUUCCACCUGAGCCACAGAGGAAGGAGCCCGAGGUGGACCUGUUUCCAGACACGCACCAAGAAGGGACUAAGCCGGGGCUGUCGAACUACCUGGACGAGUUUCUGAGCGCAAUCAAGAUCUUCGGCUAUAUGGAGCGUCCUGUCUUCCACGAACUGACCCGCAGCAUGCAGACGCGAAAGUUGAUCGCAGGGGAGACCUUCAACCUCGAACAGGAAAAGGGAUUUUGCCUAGUCGUCGACGGCCUAGUCGAAAUCUUUGUCAAGUCUCCGCGCAACUCCCGGCAAGCCCCGGACCCGCGAGUUCGUAGCUCCGUGGCGGACCUGUCCAGUGGUGACGAGGAAGGCGAUCUGCCACACCGCCAGCGCUAUCAGCUUCUCACAGAAGUCCAGAAUGGAGCGCCCAUGUCCUCUCUUUUCUCCAUUCUCUCUCUAUUCACCGAAGAUGUGAAGCUGCGGAGUGAGGAAGACAACUCAGAACCGGUGACCGCGAUGGGUUCUCGAGCUCAUGCCAGGUAUCCAAUGAGUGCAGACUUCCGGAAUAUGCAGGCUACACCAGUCUCAAUGCCGACCACGCCCCAACUUGACCUCUCAGAUGACAUUAAAGAUCCUGAGCCUCGCCCACAGCCCUCUCUCAAGCCUCCACCGAACGGUGAUGCACUGCCAAGUGUGCCUCCCAUGACCCUUGAGCCGUCACCUAUCCCGGAGCGGGCCCGCCGACCAGUGCCAAAGCGAGUCAGCACAAAUUCCGUCCAUCCAGACAUCAUCGCCAGGGCCACUGUUGAUACAACAAUCGCGAUCAUACCUGCUAGUGCCUUCCGGCGCCUGAUCAGAAUCUAUCCCAAGGCAACGGCGCACAUUGUGCACGUCAUUCUCUCCAGAUUCCAACGAGUCACAUUGUCAACCGCAUACAACUAUCUGGGCCUCACUGGAGAAGUGCUCCAGACAGAGCGGAACAUGCUCAAAUACACUACAUGUCAACUGCCAAACUUCCUUCGCGGUGACGCCCUGGAGCGGCUCAAGGAGAAGUUCAGUAAAGAAAAGGAGCGGAUCGGGGAUGACGAGGUUGUCAAGGGCAUUGCCCUCCACAACGCUGCGACUGGCCGACGACGAAGAUCAACUACAACUCUUAGGAAAGAGGCUGCUCUGCAGGCUUUGACAAAGCAGCGCCCGGCAUCGAUAGUAGCAUCCACAAUCGCGCCGCCCCACGAACGGUCGUCUUUGUCUAACCCGAGCCCUGGCGAUUUACUGGCGAAUCUGCCCACUUCAUCACGCCGGGCAGUCGACCGCUCUUCAACAACACUGGUCUCUACCGGAAGCCCACCGCCUGUUGAUGAGUCGCUCAGGCGGGAUGCCAUCUCUCCGCUGACACAGAGAAAGUUCAACCCGUUCGCAACUCAAAAACAUGGGCGCAUAUCUCUGGACAAGCGAGAAGCCUUGGAAGAAGAUGGCCUCUUCCGUGAAUCAAUCCUUGAGUGCAUGUUCAAAGCCAUAGGCUUGAGCUCAGAUGCCGCCACGCCAUCGCGAGAGCCGGAUUCUAUCGAGGCAUCACCCCGUCUGGUGUCUUUCGACAACCAUCGACAGAGACCAGCACUAGGCAGUAAUGCCUUUGGAUUUAUGGACGCGUAUGGCGGAUCCUGGGAUGGCGACGCUGAGUCCAUCACUUCUGGCGGUAUAACAGUCAACACUCCAGCCAACGCGCACAUCCUGGCUCACGACAUGAAAGACGACCUCGAGAUUGUCUUCUUCCCUAAAGGCUCUGUGCUGGUGGAACAGGGCGAACGGAACCCCGGCCUGUAUUACGUGGUCGACGGCUUUUUGGACAUUGGGAUUCCCGCAGACGAGACCUCUCCGGAUUUGCUGCAUCAAUCACACCAAUCCUCCAUCUGCGAAAUGGAUGAUCAGGAUCCUUUCAUCAUGCCACCACGGUCUCGCCCGAGCCAGGUGCCAAGUUUUGUGGAUUCCAACGCGAGACGGACAGAAUCCGAGGGGAGAAAGGCCGGCAACAAAGCCAGACAGAGCGUGGCCCUCAUUAAGCCUGGUGGCCUCGCUGGAUAUGUUGGGACAAUCUCUUCAUACCGGUCCUUCAUCGAUGUCGUGGCCAAGACCGAUGUGUAUGUUGGCUUCCUGCCGCGUGCAUCACUAGAGCGGAUCGUUGAUAGAUAUCCCACGGUCUUGAUGACGAUGGCCAAGCGCCUGACGAGUAUCCUGCCCCCGCUGAUUCUCCAUAUCGACUUUGCACUGGAGUGGCUCCAAGUCAAUGCUGGCGAAGUCAUUUUCCACGAGGGCGAUGAGAGCGAAGCGAUUUAUAUCGUGCUCAAUGGCCGGCUACGUCUGGUCCAGAGUCGAAAGAAUGGAGGGGUCGAUGUUCGUGCGGAGUACGGACAAGGCGACAGCGUUGGAGAACUUGAAGUCCUCACAGAGUCAACUCGACCGGGCACUUUGCACGCAAUCAGAGAUACCGAGCUGGUGAAAUUCCCUCGUACUCUAUUCAACAGUCUUGCGCAAGAGCACCCCAACAUCACCAUCAAGAUCUCGAAGAUCAUUGCUUCACGCAUGAGAAAUCUCGUCGAUGACCCGUCGAACGCUGUAGUCAAGGAUGCCAGGUCCUCCGUCAACAAAGUCUCGUCUACGCUGAACCUACGGACAGUCGCAGUUCUCCCAGUCACUGCUGGCGUCCCCGUGGUCGAGUUUGGGAACAAGCUGGUCAAUGCUUUGACGCAGGUUGGCACACCGAAUGGCACGGUGCUGUUGAACCAGGCUGGCAUUCUAAACCAUCUUGGCAAACACGCAUUCAACAAGAUGGGAAAGCUCAAGCUGUCCCAGUAUCUUGCCGACCUAGAGGAGAAGUAUGGACUUGUAAUCUAUGUGGCAGAUACAAACGUCAAUUCACCCUGGACGCAGACUUGCAUCACUCAGGCCGACUGCAUCUUGUUAGUCGGCCUGGCCGAAGGCUCACCCGAGAUUGGUGAAUACGAACGUUUCAUGCUCGGCAUGAAAUCAACGGCGAGGAAGACGUUGGUUCUCCUGCAUGCCGAGAGAUAUUCGGUCUCGGGUCUCACAAGAUCGUGGCUCAAAAACCGGGUUUGGGUCAACGGCGGCCACUAUCACGUCCAGAUGGCCUUCCGCACGCAGGCAGUGACGGACCACCCGCCAUCGAAACGAACAGGGCCCAGUCUCAAGGAGCGAGUGCAGACCUUGCAAGCAGAGAUCCAGAAAUACACGUCCCGGAAAGUCAGGCACAGUCCCUUCUACUCUCCAGAUGCCCCAUUCAAGGGCGACUUCCAUCGCCUGGCCCGGAGACUCUGUGGCAAAUCGGUAGGUCUUGUGCUAGGUGGAGGUGGAGCAAGAGGUCUUGCCCAGAUCGGUAUUAUCCGAGCGAUGGAGGAAGCUGGCAUCCCUAUUGAUAUCAUUGGGGGCACAUCGAUCGGGUCCUUCAUUGGCGGUCUCUACGCACGCCAUGCGGACGUCGUUCCCAUAUUCGGUCUAGCCAAAAAGUUUGCGGGCCGCAUGUCAAGCAUGUGGCGGUUUGCGCUGGACUUGACAUACCCGUCAGCUUCUUAUACUACUGGCCAUGAGUUCAACCGCGGCAUUUUCAAGACAUUUGGCAAGACGCAGAUUGAGGACUUCUGGCUCGAGUACUACUGCAACACAACCAAUAUCAGCAAGAGCCGGCCCGAGUUCCAUACUAGUGGUUACGCGUGGAGGUACGUCCGGGCAUCGAUGUCGUUGGCUGGUCUCCUACCACCGUUGUGCGACGAGGGCAGCAUGCUCCUGGAUGGCGGUUACAUUGACAACCUGACGGUGUCACAAAUGAAGUCUCUCGGAGCCGAUGUCAUCUUCGCUGUGGACGUUGGCUCCCUGGACGACGAUACUCCCCAGGACUUUGGUGACACAUUGUCGGGAGGUUGGGCAUUCUUGAACAGGUGGAAUCCGUUCUCGUCGACUCCGAACCCGCCGACGCUGGCGGAGAUCCAGGCUCGGCUGGCCUACGUGUCGAGCGUCGAUGCGCUGGAACGCGCAAAGACGAUGCCGGGGUGCAUCUACAUGAGACCCCCCAUCGACGAGUACGGGACGCUGGACUUUGGCAAGUUUGACGAGAUUGUCCAGGUCGGGUACAGCUACGGCCAGGAGUUCUUGCAGCAGCUCCGUGACAAGGGGAUCCUGCCGCUCAUUGAGGAGAAUGAGGCCAAGAAGGCACUGAGGCGAACCAUGGCGCCGCGCCGCGCCAGUAUCUAG